AUAUUUUCUUUGUCAAAGAUCCUUAGAAAACUUUUAUUCAUUUUGAUAUAUCAUAUUCAAUCCUCCAAAAUUAUCAACAAACAAGCAAUCCAUUUCAUAUGUCCAAUUUAGUUACGUGUUACUAAAAAACAGUUUAACUCGAAUUCCAUUUUAUUCAAACCUGAUUCUCCUAUAUAUCCACAAAUAUGAAGUUGGUGGUUCUCUUCUCGUUCUUGCUCAUGUUUUCAUUGUGUUCUUCAGGGUUUAAGGAGGACCUUGGUGCUAUUCAUAUCGAUCAAUAUUCCUCAGACAAGAUUAAAAAUAGUAUUGAGAAUCUGAUGGACUAUCCUGGUCCCAACGAACCUGGACGACGUUAUCCUGGACGUCCACAUGGACCACAUGCCCCGCGUCCUAGGAUGAAGAAGAAGAACCCAUAGUGGAGAACAAAAUAUGUAAUAUAUAUUGAUGAUGCAACAUUCUAUAAUAUAGUGGAGAAAAAUAUAUGUAAUAUUGGUUCAAUCCAUCCUUAUAAUCAUCAAUAAAUUCUAACUAGUUAAUA